UCUAACAUUCCUAUAACAUGUGAUAAUUGGAAAGUUUCGACUCUAAGUGCCUAUAAGAACAUGGUUUGGAAGGAUAUACAAUUAACUUUUAAUGUUGAUGUAUCACACAAGAAACAUGUACUAAAGGUGGCAGGUAAAUUGCUUAGGAAUUUUAGAACUUACUUGGCUAAUUGUCAUCUAAAGGAUGAGAAUGGAAAUUAUUUAGAUAGUCCACCUAUUCAACCUCCUGAGCAGUAUGCAUCCAUGAUCACUGAGGAUGUUUGGAGAAAAUUUGUUGCAAAACGUAUGGAUGAAUCUUUUCAGGAAAUAAGCAAAAAAAACAAGGAGAGGGCAUCACACUCUAAUAAGUACCCUUAUAGGGCCUCACGUAAGGGGUAUGCACGCCUCGAGCAAGAAAUGAUAAAGAAAUCAGGAUCAAAUGUUACAAGUGUUCCCCGUCAAGAAUUGUGGAAGAAUGCUCGUGUGAACAAAGCUGGAGAAAUUGAAAAUGAAAAUGUUCAACAAGUAUGGGAUAAAUGUGAAUUGUUAUCACAAAGUAUACAUCCAGAGGACAUAACUGAUGCUCGUUCAGACAUUCUUUCUCAAGCUUUAUGUGUCCCAGAGUAUCCUGGUCGUGUUAGGGGUGUGGGAUUUGGAGUCACUCACAAAGACUAUUUUCCACCAAAAAAGCGACACACACAACAGGAGCAUGAUUUAUUAAUUGCUCAAAUAAGAGACAUGAGUGCAAGAAUGGCACGAAUGGAAAAAGAGAUGUUGUCACUUAGACAAAAGGACUCAUCGGAUAGUACAAAAAAACUUGAUGCUUGUAACAGUAGUGGCAAAGGGAGUUGCACAAUCCCAUCUAAUAGCUUUCCUGAGGGGGUCUCAUGUUGUAAAUUAUUUGUAUCAUCACCGUUACUUUGCUUGGUUGCCCAUGGAAAGUUGCAUAAUAUUCAAAGUGAUACAUUGCAUGGGAGAUCUCUACCUAAUGGACAUGUAAAAGUUAGUAUAGAUGUUGUUGUAGAGCCUGAUAUCUCCUUGCCAAUACCUAAUAUGGAUGAUGACAUAAUGACAAUAAGGCAAGCAAUAGGUACAUUUGUGGCAUGGCCAAUCAACCUCUUACAGGUUGCUGAUGCGGAUUCCACUAUAUCUAAAAAGAAAGGGGUUAAUAAUAUAAAUGACUCUAUUGCACCAAAAGCAAAAAAUCGAGGGAAGAUGGUUAUUCAACGUACCCCUCGCACUAUAAUUCGCCGCAAUCUUCCUAAAUGGUGCAACUACCUUUCUUUACACUUGAAAUUGAAGUCGACAGAGUCACUUCCUCCUAUAGAAAUGGAGAAAGGUAUAUUUGGACUUGAUGAACAUAAAGAAAUAGUAAAUGGAGAAGUUAUUGGAGAAGUUAUUGAUCAUGGAUGGCUGGGUGCUGCUACAAUUUCUAUAUAUAUUGGGUACGUCAUAAAUAUUAGGGAACAUGGACUGAUGAUUCUUGUAGUUUAG